UAGUAAAUGUAACAUGCGCCUUGCGUGUCAAUUUCAGAAUGUUUGAGAAUCCGUAAAGUAAAAUAGCGAGAAUCCAAUUUCAAAACGUUUGUCGUCAUUUUGUGUUUAGCUGCUUACUGCAAUAUAAAUAAAACAAAAAAAAAACAUUUAAGCAUGGAAAGUAACGUUGACCUUAACUCAAUGCAGCUGAUUUUAACGGAACAUAUGAAGAAGACAUGGAUGGGGGCUAAAGGCUUAGAAGAUUACAAAGGAUAUCAAUUCAUGCCCGGAUUUGGUCUUGAAGCCACUAAGUAUGCUUACGAUGAAUGGAAGAUUCCUGAAAAUUCAGUUUUUAUCUCAAGCUUUCCAAAAACAGGUACGGCAUGGUGUUUGGAAACUGUGAAACAAAUAUUGUACGGCAGAGAUAAACAUCUUCUAGAUAUGUAUCGUGCUGUUCCUAUGCCAAUGUUUCUGGUGGAAAUGAGUGUUCCGGGAAAAUUUGAUGUAUUUGACAAACUACCUCAUUCAACGCAAGUGUUUGCAACUCAUUUACCAGUGGAACUUUUCAACUAUAAGAAAAUGAAGAGAUCAAACAGCAAGAUGAUAUACGUCAUACGUAAUCCCAAAGACCAAGCCGUUUCCUGGUUGCAUUUUUCCAGGAAAUUACUGCCUGAGGAAACGAAGAAGCAAAUGGGAGAAGAGUGGAAUGAGUUUUUCCAUAACUACGUACUUGGAAAACAUCCACAAUGCAAUAAAGAAGGUCAAUGGUAUCCAGACCACAUUAAGGAAUGGAUGAAAUAUAAAAAUGAUGAAAACUUUCUUGUGGUUGUUUACGAAGAUAUGAAGAUGAAUUUUCAAAAUGAGAUUCGUCGAAUCGCGAAUUUCUUAGCUGUAGAUCUCAGCGACAAUAACGUCGCUAAUGUUGCUGAAGUAUGUUCUAUCAAAUCGAUGAAAGAACAAGCAGAUGUUGAAAAAUCUGGAUUUUUGAAGAUGAACGUACGAAAAGGAGAGAUCGGUGGGUGGAAAAAUCAGUUCACGGUGGCGCAAUCUGAACUAAUGGAUAAGCUGAUAAAAGAACAACUAGGCGACACUGGCAUCGAAUUCACAUAUGAAAUGUAAUCGUUUGGGAAUACAGUGAUGACGACUAGAGCAAAUGGACUAAGAACAUAUUUAUUGUUGUUUUAUUAACUUUCAAGACAUCGGAGUGUUUUUACUAAGUCUCGUUUUUUACAUUCCAAAAAUAAAUUAUUCGGUGAGCAAGCAUAUUCAAAAAGAC